UCCGUCUCCAAGCUCGGGGCGCGAGUUGCCAGGACUGGUGGCUGCGGCUGCGUGGUGCUCGGCUUCAGGGGCUUGCGGGCGGCGGCUGACGGGGCGGCGCAGCGGCGGGUGCGCAGAAAGAAGCAGCUUUGAGUCUGAGCUUGAGUUUGAAAGAAGAAAUGAAAAAUAGCAAAUGGAUCAGAAAGAACUGGCUUCUUGUAGCUGGGAUUUUCUUCACAGGCAUCCAUCUCGGAACAUAUUUUAUACAGAGAGCUGCAAAACAAUCUGUAAAGUCUCAGCCUGAACUCAAACAAAAGAGUUUGAAUAAUGAACUAAAAUAA